CAUUUUUCUAUAGUAUUUUUGAAAUGUCGCUCUUUACAUAAAUAAGUCAAUUUUUGUUCCGGAUUUGGUUUUUCUACCUUUUCUUGUUUCGCUAUUUGCCAGUAUGGAGGUGGCGAACUCUACUGGGAAGGAUAUAACUUGGGAGUAUCUUUUUAAAGACUUAGCAGAUCCCAGAACAUCAGAAUGGUUCCUAAUGAGCAAUCCAAUACCAGUAGCAGUAAUUCUAUUUUCUUACCUUUACUUUGUAUUAAAAUGCGGCCCUGAAUACAUGAAAAACAAAAAACCAUACAGUUUAAACCGAAUUUUAAUGUUUUAUAAUUUAAUACAAGUCGCUUGGAAUUUAUGGAUAUUUAAUGAGGCCGUAAUUAUGUGGUCAAAUUUCAACUGGAACUGCCAAAAUGUUGAUUGGUCAUAUUCAGCUGUAGCAAUGAGGCAAAGAAUUGCUUGCUAUAGCUACUUUAUAAAUAAGAUCUCAGACUUGCUGGACACAGUAUUCUUUGUUCUCAGGAAAAAGGAUAGACAAAUUAGUUUUCUUCAUGUAUUUCAUCAUACUUUAAUGCCUAUGACUUCAUGGAUGAUGGUAAAAUACUUCCCAGGCGGCCAUGUCACGUUUAUAGGUCUUUUAAAUACGUUCGUCCAUAUUCUUUUAUAUGGAUAUUACUUCUUGGCAGCUUUCGGACCAAGUGUACAAAAAUACCUAUGGUGGAAAAAGUACAUUACAAAACUGCAAUUGCUUCAGUUUUGUUUGGUAUUCAUCCACAACUCCCAGUUGCUAUUCUUCGACUGCGGAUUCCCUAGAUGGACCCUAGUAUUAACUCUGCCAAAUGCCAUCUUUUUCUAUUACUUAUUUAAUGAGUUUUAUAAGGAUAGUUAUGAAAAACCAAAGGUGGCCAAUAAUAAAUCAAAGAAGGAAAGUGUAAAAAGUAAAUAAAUAAAUUUUAUCUGUUUUUCUUUUUAUUUUGUAAUAUCUGCCGGAAUAAAUUUAUGUUUUAUAAUA